CACCUCAUUUCCUUCCGUCAUGUUGCGGUGCUCGCCGGCUGUGGCGCGUAGCUGCAGAAGACUACUGCUGUCUCGCAGGCUGCUAUCAAGUGCCAGCAGCCAAUGCGAAGAAUACGAUGUAGUCAUCGUCGGUGGUGGCCCCGCGGGACUUGCUCUAGCCAGUGCUCUCGGAUCCAGCCAGAACGUCAGAGACAACCUGAAAAUAUCACUUAUCGAGGCUGGGGACCUGUCAAAGGUCCGCGAGUGGUCGCCGGUCGAUGGAGCCUUCAGCAACAGGUGCAUUUCCCUCACUAAUGCGUCUCAAGCAUUCCUAAAAGACAUUGGUGCAUGGACACAUGUGGACGAAGCUCGCACAGGUCCCAUCGAGGAGAUGGAGGUCUGGGAUGGGAUUACAGACGCCAGAAUACACUUUUCUGCGUCUGACCUUGGGCUAGACGAGGGAAUGUCGCGAAUAACAGAGAAUAUCAACCUUCAACGUGGACUAUUGCGAUAUUUAAGUACCAUGCCAGACUUGCACCUUAUCGACAAAACCAAGGUGACAUCUAUUGUCAGGGAAGAUGAGGAUGCUGGCGGUUGGCCAUUGGUACAUUUGGACAACAGUAGGAUACUUCGGGCGAGGUUGCUGAUUGGCGCCGACGGCUUCAACUCCCCCGUGCGCAAAUAUGCACAGAUCCCUUCGUACGGUUGGUCUUACGAUACUCAAGCCAUUGUUGCUACCAUGUUCCAUCCUCCCCGAGGCCCCUUCCAAGGACCUAACACCACCGCUUAUCAGAGAUUCUUGCCAACCGGACCCAUUGCCUUUUUACCCAUUUCUCCUACGGCCUCGUCAUUGGUGUGGUCGACCCGACCACACAUAGCAACCGCAAUUAUAGCCUCCGGUCCGUCCGUUGUAGCCCGCAUGAUAAAUGCCGCCUACCGCCUACCUCAUGAUUCCUUGCAUUACCUUUACAAUCGGAUUCUUGAGCACCAAAAGGCUGGAACUCCCAUCACCACAGACGAAAUCAUCGAAGAAGUUGGGUUCCGUGAACGGGCUCAUGGCAUCGAUGCAACCUCGGCCUAUUCAUCUUCCCACAUGAUGGAAAACACGGCCGAGAACCAAGGUAUACCGCCAACUGACUCGGAGAUGUUACCGCCCCUUGUGACUUCAAUCCAACCUGGAACGGUGGCAUCAUUCCCUCUGCGUUUCAAUCAUACCGAAGCGUACAUCGGCGAAGGACAAGGGAGUCGUACAGUUCUUGUCGGUGACGCAGCGCAUACUGUACACCCCCUUGCCGGGCAGGGCUUGAAUCUUGGUCUUGCUGAUGUAGAGUGCCUCGCAAGGGUCAUCAACGACGCGGUCCUCAAUGGCUCAGAUAUUGGAACCCAUACAUCCUUACUACCGUACACUCGAGAACGGUAUUUUGAGAACCACAAGAUGAUGUCCGUCUUCGACAAGCUUCACAAAUUGUAUACGACGUCUUUCGGGCCGAUAGUACAGGCCAGAUCCAUGGGCCUGGAAGUUCUCAAUGAGUUCGACACCAUCAAGGCUGCGAUCAUGCUGAGCGCGGGCUCUCGACCGCGACAAAAGGAAGCUACCCUGAGGUCGACGGUGUUCAACUUGGCCGGCUCUGCACUCGAAACAGCUGGUGGUAUGAAGAAAGCUGCUGACCUCGCCGGUGGGGCUGUUGGUAACAUGGUCAUGAAUGGUAUUCAGCAAUGGAUAAAAUCGUCGCGUCCAGGACAAACCCCGUGACAGAUGUACCUAUGAUGAAGAUAUAAAAGCAUGAUUGACAUUGAUCAUAUAUUGUGCAGGCUUUCAUGGCUAGAGUGCGCUCUGGUGGCCUUGCAUGUGCAGCGUGCAUCCAUUCAAUGUGAAGCUAGCAUACCGAUUGAAUUCGUCAUCUAGUACAGGGACUCAAUGGGUACGACACGCUCUAUUAUCUGCCAAGCAGACCUCAAUUCAUCACUCAUGGUAAUUGUUCACCGAAAGAAGGCCACGCCGCUGCAAAGUUUAUUUCCGGUCCCUCUUUUCGAUAGUGCGUUUACUUGUCUUUAGCUGAAUUGCGGCUUCGGCGUAUCGCACACAAAAUUAUCUUAUUCAGACUU